CUUGCGUUGUGUGCUCUUUGUCGAUUCAGAGUUAACCAAAUGGAGUUGAACACUGAUAGCAUGAGGCAGUCAUUUCAGGAAAGACUUUUCUUCUAUCAAACCGCCGUGCCACCUGAUCAAUUCGAAGAUGACGUCAGAUCCAUCGCAGCUGUUGCUGCAGAACUUGUAUCCAACAAUAGAACAUCCAUCACUAUAAAUCCUGCUGACUAUGGAAUUUCAAAUGAUGCAGUAGACUUUUUGUAUCACUUCAAUGCUGAUGUACAGGAUGGUACAGUCGUGUUUGUGCCUGGACCUGCUCGUGACGCUGCUGCAACAGCAUUUGGUCAGGCAGCAGCAUCGAUGAAUGGUUUUUCUGAUCUUGCUGUUCGGUUUGGUUUGGAACAGUCUUUCAGCUCGUCAUCUCUUACUGCUGGUGGCAUGUUUGCAGAAGUAGCUCAAUCACAUCAUGAAAGUUGGGAUCAUCAACUUCAUGAGUCUAGUCCUCUUGUCACUUCUACACCGUCACGAGCACACAGUGAUCGAGAUAGUUCUUUAUUAGCUACUAGAAGUCUUUCUACAGUGUCUAGAGUAUCUCAAUCCAUACCUGCAACUGACAAUCGAUAUGCAGAUUUGACGAGGACAACUCUUCCAUCAUUACCCUCCUUGACAGGUUUACAUGUUGUUGAAAUAAUGGAAGAAUUUUCAUACUAUCUCUUUACGUUGACAACUCGAAUUCCUUUUCGUUUUCUCUUCAAGCAGUGCCAACGAUUAGUUGCUGAAUAUGCCACACAUAAUGAUGUAUUUAAGCUUUUCAAUGUAGUCUGUUCUCGAAUUGAGCAAACAGGUGCAUGUCUUCUUUUCUGGUCAUCAGAAGAUGUUAUGAAUCAAUCAGAUAACGGUCGUGUGUCAAAGUUCUUUGUCAUUAAGUCAACAGUAAAGAAAAGUUUGGAGGAUGUGGAAAGUGAGCAACAGUUAGGUAGACAGGCAUCUCAACAUUAUAUGACAAUAUGGCAAUUAAAAAAGGAUUUUACUCGUAUGGUUUGUGGUUUUUGGCAAGAAUCAUCUAUGGAGCCAAGAUAUGUGAUGUUCUUAUUUAAUCUACAUGAGAAGUUUGCAGAUCUCAAUGUCAAGUGGACUUUUGGAUUAGUGAAGAGUCUGAGUCAAGGUACUAGUGCACAAGACAGAAGAGUUGACAGUCAAGAGGUUCAGCAAGUCCUGGACAUAACAAGGAGAGUUCCCAAGAUUUUUUCAAAUUUGUAUGUUGAUGCUUUGAGAGUGUUACGUUUGUACUGUAGUCAAGAACUGCAGGGUAAUCUCAUUGAGGAGAAACACAUUUCACUAGUUCGCUGGCUUAUUGAUCAUGCUAAAUCCAAUGUUAUUCGUCCAACCUCAGAUGAAGUUGAAGUUGAUUUUUUUGAUGUGGGAGUUGCAUCUCAGCCAAUGGAUAUUAUCAAAUUGCUUGAACAACACGGUAUGCAGUCUACUGGUAGUGUGUACAGUGAUGCUUUGGAGAUUUCCACAAACUUAAUUGCUAGGCAAGGAAAAGAUAUUGCUUUGCAGCUUGUAUUGGAGAUGUCAAAGCAGGACAUUCCUAUUUAUGAGCAGAAUCGUGAGGAUCAAAGUAGAUACUUGGGUGCUUUAUCAGGUGAUAGAGCUCAUGAGCGUCAUUUUGAAAGAGAAGUUGGUACAGAUAGUAUCAUUUCACAACACGCUUAUGACCAGUAUGAUCAGCUUGACAGUACCAUUGAUCCAGCACUAUUGUCAAGUACGGUUUUGGUUAUUAAUGGUCGUAGAAAUCAUAGAUCAUCUAGACAAGGAGGUGGUCAGAGGUCACCACAGAUGCAGAAUCAUGAACGAAGAGCACAGACACAGCAGCAGCAAAUCAAAGAUGCGGCUCAGCAUAAAUCUCACAGCUCUCUGCAAGAAUCAGACAGUGGUCUGGUAAGUGGUAGCAGUGGCACUCCUCACCAGAGUUUGACUGAGUCAGGAGCGAUGAUAUCACGUGGUGUUCAUUCACCAAGUAAAGUUGCUGAUGAUAGAUCUUUACAUGUAUCAUUGCCGAAUAAGCCAUCUGGUGAUUCCUAUUUGCCACAUGAUGUUGAAAAAGAUACAGAUGGAGACAGUGAUACUGGUGACUCAACGUGUACUGGCUUCAGAGAAUCUGAUGAUGAUGAUGACCCUUACAAUGAGCAUCGGCAACAACGGAGGCACAAAGUUUUGCAAUCAGAAUAUGAGCCAUUGGCAUCUCCUGCUACUUUUUCUUCGUUUCCUUCUGUCUCUGUAGCUCAUGCAGCUAAGGUAGGGACUGUUGGAGAAGAAGAAAUGAUGAAAUGUGCCGUUCAAGUAGUGGAGCUACUUAAACGUAAGAACUUUGCGAAGGUCAAUAGAGUGCUGAAAGAUCUUCAAGGGAAUGUUCAGCAGAAGCUCACAUUGAGGGAUAUUGGCAGAGAUGUUCUUUUAGAGAUUAUUCAACGCCAUGCAAGAGAUGACGACUUGGUAGAAUUUGUAGACAACCUCGUAGAGAAGGACAGACUGCAACGUCAAACACUUGAAACUGUAUGCGACAAGUUGGGUUUUGAUGUUUCCAACCAAUCCACUGAUCAGCUGAAACAAAUUAUAAGCGCUCUAGCUAAAGAGACGUGAUGUAUGCGUUGUAAUGGAACUAUACACAUUUUAUCAAUUACUUGGAUGCCUCCAAUAAUAUUUGUAUAAUUGUUUUACAUUACACUCUAGAUUACUUUCAUACAUA